AUGGUUGCGUCUAUCGAGGCCUUACCGCCAGAGCUAUACACCGCAAUUAUCGACUACAUACCUGCACAGGAUGUACAACAGACCGUGCUAUCCCUCACUCGUGCUAUCCCCCUCUCGCCCAUUCCUCUUUACCACUUGUUCGAGCGUGUCCGCCUGAAGUACUCUGAUCAAGUUGUACACCUCUAUCGCCGACUCAGAAAGAGUGCUGAGGAUGCUGCCUGCGUUCACCAUUUUUCUCUGGAGACCUGGAAGGUCGACGCCGAUGUCGUCGUUAAUCUAGUGGCUAUUUUGCCGCAGCUGUCCCACCUCAGUCUAUUCAUUGGGCCAAAUUUUGCCCCGGAACAUCUGGAAGAGAUGUUCGAGGACCCAAUGCAGGGGCUGAAGUUCAUCUCCCUCAGAUUCAGGCCAUAUGUUCAGACAGCGACCUAUUAUCAGUUCCUCAAGGGAGCGUACUUUGACUCCACAUUGACGGCUUUCUCUCGCUGGCCAGCAGAUAAUCUUCCUACGCUGUCCAUAGUUCAGGACCCGCUCGAUCCCUCCAUCGCCCCAAAUAAGUUCGCCCAGCCUCUAGUGUUCUUCCGCCUCGAUCCCCUGUCCCAGCUCGCCCGCUCGCCAUUCGUAGAAAACUUGGUCAACUUCCGUCUACGAAUACCCGCUCGGCAAGGUGCGCGAUUCCUAUACGCCUUCCCGCGCUCGCUGCCCAAGCUCCAGUCACUCGACAUGUCCACCAGCAAGGUCGCCGAGAAUGACGUUGAGAGUAUGCUCGCGCGCUUCGGGAACUUAAAAACGCUCGUGCUCGACGGGUGCUUCCUCGUCAGCCAGCGUGCCGAUGGGCAGGACGCACAGGACGCAUUUUCCCACUGGGUAACGCUCGGGAAGAUCAUGUCCCUCGCAGGAGUGAAGUAUGCGCGCGAAAGGGAGAAGAAGCUCAAGGAGUGGCUGGAAGUAAACCAUGCGCAGGCUACUCUUGCCGCGCUCCGGCUCGCAGAUGGUACAGAUUCCCUGCCUGAACCCGAGCCCGAGCCAGCUCGUCGGAGGGCGAGGCGUGGUCGGCGGGGUGUGUCAACCGCGACCAUCUCGCUGCGCAAUUCUCCUCCGCGUCCUUCCGCUGCGCUACCUGCGAUCUCCUCUUCCAGCGCACUGUCUUCCAAGACACCCGCUGUCCCAAGGGUUCGCAUCUUCCCCGCAAUCGCGACCAUCCGGUCUAUAGCAACAACGGCACCUGCCUUCGUCGGCGUUGAAAAGCAUGCAGAGAUACGUGCAGAGUUCGAGCGUGGCUGGGAGGCGGGCAUCGCGCAGAUAUCUACUAUAUAUGGUAGACUGAGGCAGAGCUGGCGGAACGGAAUCCGAGUGGUCAAGACCGACGACGAUUUCAAUGCAGAUGGUGAAGGUUCUGAGGUAGGGUUUAAUGGGCUGAAAGAUGUGGUGGAGGAAGACUUUGAUGUUGACGUCGACGGCGAAGUAGGCAAGUGUCCGUCUCUCUGCUUGGCGGGACCAGGUCGCAGCGAAAAUCAUGUAGAUGGAUGUGGCCACCAAGUCGGCUGGGAAGUCUUCCAGGACGAGCUUUAA